AUGCAAUAAAGUAAAUUAAUUUCAAUAUCCACAUAAAAAUUAAAAUUUAUACCUUAUACAGAAGAAGUUGUUGAAACAUAUCAUAAAUGGAUGUAAGAUCCUGAAAUAUUAUAUUUAACAGGAAGUGAACCUUUGAGUUUAGAAGAAGAAUAUAAAAAUUAAGAAAGUUGGUUAAAUGAUCCAUUAAAACAUACUUUUAUAAUAAAAAAUGAUGCUAUGAUGAUUGGGGAUGUUAAUUUAUUUUUUCAUCAAUAUUUAGAUGAUGAUGAAGCAGAAAUAAAUGUUAUGAUAGGAAAUAAAAAUGCAAGAAGAUAAGGAUUUGCUGAAGAAGCUAUAAAAAUGAUGAUGAGUUUUGGAUUAUAAUAAUAUAAAAAAACUAAAUAUAUAGCAAAAAUAAAGGAUAGUAAUGAAGGAUCAAUAAAAUUAUUUUAAAAAGUUGGAUAUAAAGAAAUAAAAAAAUUACCCUAAUUUGAGGAAAUUCAUUUAUAAAUGAUUAUAGAUGCUCCUUUAAUUGAAUAUAUUAAAUAUUGA